CUGCGGUGGCGGAGAACGAACACCCACUAGGACUUUCUCAUGCCGGAGGGUGACGACAAGGAUCAGAUGCAGGUCGCCGAAUCGGCAGCGCCGGCGUCGGAGGCUAGCCUGGUGCCUCAGCAGGGGGCCCCGUCGGUGGCCGUAGCGGAGGUGGAGUCGGCCGAACAGAAGGCAACGGAGAGCUUGCAGGACCGCCUCAACGUGCAGUCCCUGCCGAUCCGCGCGUACCUCGACCAGACCGUGGUGCCCAUCCUGCUCGACGGCAUGUCCGCGCUUGUGAAGGAGCGCCCGCCGAACCCGGUGGAAUGGUUGGGAAACUACCUCUUGCGGAACAACCCGCAAAGCGCCCCCCCAGCGGCGAACUAACAGGAUGCGUCUUUUCUGCGUGAUGCUGGGAAAAUUAGUUGCAGGGGGUGUGCAAACGGAAAAGACGCCGCAGGGGAGAGAGGCCGGGACUUGGCUUGAACCUCCAGAGGAAGGUGGUGUCUUUUUGUUUUCCCGUGUCUGACGUUGCUUUCGACGGUCUCUUUUGUUGUAGUUUUUGUGCUUUUGUCUAUGUAGGUCGGAUGUCAUCGUGGUUGUAAGGUAAUUAUCAAAAUAGGCUUGUGUGUGCACUGCAGCGGGAGCGGAUCGGCCUCUGCCCGCGGCGAACGAAUGCGUAAGUUUUCGCCGUUCGUUUUGCGGAAUGAACGAAUGGCCUUGGGUCCUCGGCGGUUGUUGCUAUUGUACUGCUGCUAAGCUUGCUGCGGUUGUGGGGGGGGGGGUCGCGGUGUGUGUGGGGGCCGGCUAUGCCAAGUGUGUACAGAGACCGCAGUGAGGCACCCCCUCCCUCGGAGGUUUGGUGCAGGAAGAAGGAGAGUAGAACAUUGCUUUGAGACGGCGGAGCGUUGCUGACGGUUCCCUUUUGCUUGCCCUUCCGUUGUGCUACCUGCUGCCCCUGCGUUCGGGGCCGUGCCAGCCCAUGGCUGGGCGGGAGCGCCACGCUUACCCGUGGGCCGCGUUGGCGCUUGGGCAAUUGGCGGGCGCGGCGUGUCGGGUAGUACGUACGUUCCAGGCGUUGUCCCUGGUUUGUCUUCUGAUAUUUCAAUCCAAAUUUUAUUUUCCCAUGGAACAAUAUGAUCCGGUACGUGACAUGCCCCGGAGUAUGGCGCCCCUCGGCCGAAGCAGCCGAUUGCUUGGCGCCUUUGCUUUUUCUGCACACCCGCGGUUCGGCAUGGCACAGCCUUUCCAAGCACUGCUGCCAUGGAGUGGCUG